CAUGGCUGCUGAGGGUUGGGCACGGUGCGGUGCUGACUGAGUUGCGAAACUGGCGGGCGUUCGCCGAACCCCGGUCUGGUCUCCGCGUGCCCCCCGGGCUCUGCACCCCUAAUGCUGCGCGGGUGCUGAGCCCGCUCCGGCCGGGACGAUGGUGAAAUAUUUCCUGGGCCACAGCGUGCUCCGGAGUUCCUGGGACCAAGUGUUCGCUGCCUUCUGGCAGCGGUACCCGAAUCCCUAUAGCAAACAUGUCUUGACGGAAGACAUAGUUCACCGGGAGGUGACCCCUGACCAGAAGCUCCUGUCCCGGCGACUCCUGACCAAGACCAACAGGAUGCCUCGCUGGGCCGAGCGACUGUUUCCUGCCAAUGUUGCUCACUCGGUGUACAUCCUGGAGGACUCUAUUGUGGACCCACAGAAUCAGACCAUGACCACCUUCACCUGGAACAUCAACCACGCCCGGCUGAUGGUGGUGGAGGAACGAUGUGUUUACUGUGUGAACUCUGAUAACAGCGGCUGGACCGAAAUCCGCCGGGAAGCCUGGGUGUCCUCUAGCUUAUUUGGCGUCUCCAGGGCUGUCCAGGAAUUUGGUCUGGCCCGGUUUAAAAGCAACGUGACCAAGACCAUGAAGGGUUUUGAAUACAUCUUGGCCAAGCUGCAAGGUGAGGCCCCUUCCAAAACAUUUGUGGAGACAGCAAAGGAAGCCAAGGAGAAGGCAAAGGAAACUGCACUGGCAGCUACAGAGAAGGCCAAGGAUCUUGCCAACAAGGCAGCCACCAAGAAACAGCAGCAGCAGCAGCAGUUUGUGUAGCCAGCCUGAGCCCUCCCACCACCACCACAGCACACCAGAGAAGCCAGCUCAGCCCUCUCUGCCCUUUCCCCAUUGUACCUUAUUAUUAAAAAUCAGCUUCCAGCCCUAACUGUCUGGGUGGUGGGUUGGGGCGGGUGUCCUGUCAGGCCUCUACUAUACCCCAGGCCCAUUACCCACGCCUGAGCUGGGCCUGCUUAUUCCCCCGUUGGGCAGCUGAAAACAUUGAAGCAUAGAGAGGGGUGCUGGCUUGCCCGGGAUCAUGGACAGCAUGCAGGUGAAGCGGCAAUAAUCUCUAGACUGUAAGCUCCAUGAGGGCAGGAAUCCUUGCCUUGUUCUUUGAUGUGUCCCAAGUACCUGGAACAAUACCUAGCACAUGAUAGGCACUCAAUAAAUAAUUGUUGGAUUCAGUUAGCCCCA